AUGAAUGUCCUGAUGUUGCUGCUGCUCCUCGAUAUAAUAGGUAAUGGUUUAAUAAAUGAAGCGGAAUUCCUGCAAUGGGUGGGUCGCAUACAGGCCCUGCGCGACGAACAACACCAGCAGCAACAACAGCAAGAGGAAAAUGCCAGCAAACCCGAUGAAUUGGAUGAUGUCACCCAGGAUUUAAUUGCAGCAUUUAGAGUAUUUGAUCGAGAUGGCAAUGGUUUUAUUACCCGUGAUGAAUUACAAACCGCCAUGGAAAUGAUUGGUGAACCCCUGACAGAAACACAGUUGACACAGCUAUUGGCCAUAGCGGAUCUAGAUCAGGAUGGGCGAAUCGAUUAUGAAGAAUUUACAAAAUUAUUACUCUAAAGUGUGU